AAUAAGCAAAAUGAAGUUCAUGUUAUUAGCUUGUUUCGUUGCUGCUCUGAGCGCCGUUCAGGGCGCAGAAUUGAUUGCAAAGCCUCAUCUGUCCAUCCCUGAUCCAAGGAUCGUCGGAGGAGCUGAAGUUAAACCUCACUCAGCCCCUUACCAGGUGGGACUUGUGAUUGAUGGCAGCGGUUUCUGCGGUGGUGUUCUUAUUUCCGAAAGUCUCGUCCUCACCAGCGCCAGUUGCGUCCAGCAUGCUAAAACUGUCGAAGCUGUCCUUGGGGCGCACAACAUCAAUGAAGGAGAAAAAUCACAAGUGCGCGUCGACGCCGGAGAAAUAAUUGUUAAUGAACAAUGGAACCCCGAACUCAUCAUUUACGAUGCGGCUCUAUUGAAACUCUCCUCGCCUGUGAAAUUAUCCGACGAUAUCAAACCAGUAUCUUUGCCUGACCCCGACGAUAAAUUCAGCUAUAAGAGGUUACUAGUAACUGGAUGGGGAAAGGAAUCCGACGCUUCGAACUCGUUGAGUCCCGUGCUGAAAGGCGCUUCUCUGAGGGUCAUCACCAACGAAGUUUGCAAGCAAUCUUAUCCAGGUGUUUACUUUGUCAAUAUUUGCGUGAAGGCAGAUAACGGAAUCGAAGGAGCAUGUGCCGGAGAUGCCGGCGGCCCAGCCGUUGACAUUGAGAAGGGCGUCCUCGCCGGUAUCGUUUCAUACGGAUCAAGCAAAGGAUGCGAAGCAAACUCACCGACGGUCCUCACCCGAGUCACUUCUCUGCUGGAUUGGAUUUCCGAACAUAAAUAAUUUAACAGUUCCAAUAUUUACACACACACAAAACAGAUUAAUUAAUAAACUGGUUUAUAUUUCUUCA